AUGCACAGUUUGAAUUUGAAGGGCAUCAUGAAUUUUCACUCGCUGUCGUUGCCGAAUCGACUCAGCUACAGCAUAGCUAAGGAUUAUGGUCAGCGCCCAAACCGGAUCGUUGCUUGUGGCACACAGAGUCAAGGGCCGGGCCCGAUUGAGGAAACCCGUCGAACAUCGUUUCUCUCUCGAACCGGAACAUAUGCGCUACUGAAGCAGAAAUUGGAAGUAGCUGCGAAAUCCCAGGAUUACAAAGAAGCUGCGAGACUUCGUGAUUACUUGAAGUUAUUUGAAGAAAAGGAGCCAGUUCUUCGACUUCAGAGAUUAUUAAGAGAGGCCAUUGUAGAGGAAAGAUUUGAGGAUGCAGCUAAGUACCGUGAUGAGCUGAAGGAAAUUGAUCCUCAUUGCCUGUUAAAGUGCUCAAGUGAUGCAACGAGCUUGGACAUUAGGGUCCAAGUCAGGAGUGUUUAUGUUGAAGGUCGAAGUCAGCCUUCAAAGAGUCUUUAUUUUUUCGCAUACAGAAUUAGAAUCACCAACAACUCAGACCGCCCCGUGCAACUUCUUAGAAGACAUUGGAUUAUCACUGAUGCCAAUGGGAAAACUGAAAAUGUCCGUGGUAUUGGAGUUAUAGGCGAACAACCGGUUUUGCUUCCCAACACUAGCUUUGAGUAUUCAUCUGCGUGUCCAUUGAGCACACCUAGUGGAAGAAUGGAAGGUGAAUUUGAGAUGAAGUAUGUCGAUGAAAUAUGUAAUCAGACAUUCAACGUGGCUAUUGACCCAUUUUCUCUGUCCAUAUUCGGAGAUGGCACUGAUACUGUUUGA